AUGCAGCUGGAGAAGAUCAUAGAUGUGCGGAUGUAUGCCGUCCCCGUGCACUACAUGAACGGCACGAACGUGACAUUUCUUGAUAAUGUGGCGAAGCGGGAUGCGGGAGCCGUGUUUGUCCGUUCGCUUGCAAGACCCGAAGACAGUUCAAGACUGGGAAUAUCUCCCGAUGGGAUAUCCCUGCUGACGCCAGACGGAAGACGGAACAACGAAGAUGUCGCCUUCUUCCAGGACAGCACGUUCGUUGGGAACAAAUGCAGAAGGUAUGGCGGGGCGCUGUUCGUGCUCAGCACGACAGUUGGAUGCUCGCGAUGCGAAUUUGUCAACAAUUCUGUCACCAUCAAGUCGAUUAGCUUUGGGGGUGCGGUUGCGGCGCAAGUCCUGGGGACAUUCCACGGAAGGGGCUUGGUCAUGUCGGGGAACAAGGCACCCCAUGGCGGAGGCAUCGGCUGCCUCUACGCCAUCUGCGACAUCGUGAACGCCACCAUUGAAGGCAACUACGCGUCUCAGAGGGGGGGCGGAGUGGCCAUCCAGUUCCGUGCGACGCAGCUGUUCGACUUCGCGCUUGCCAGCCGCUUGGAACAGUGCAUCAUCAGGAACAACACCUCCAAAGUUGCAGGUGGCCUGCUGUUGCUGGUGGUCGGGGCAGACGUGGCGAGGUCACCACACAAGGAAAUAUUCCAGCAGUUCUUCCUCGUAGUGGCACAGUCCCAACUCAUUGGCAACGCCGCAAAGAUCACCGGAGGCGCCGUGUACACGAACGCGCCCGACUACAUGGCCGUGCUCUGCGACCAGCCCUUGGAAAAGCGGGAGGUGGUCAGGUCCGUGGGUGGCCAGAAGUGGCUGGAAGUCGCAGACGUGGUCGUGCCCAGGCAGAGCAGCCUUUUUGGCGGGUCGGGCGCCUGCGCGAAGAUCUGGGCUGACAACACUGUGGAAAAGCAGGGCAGGGGCGGCCCGGUGGCCACGUCCGGAACGUCGGCAAGGGUCUGCGGCAGCCGCUCCGGCAGCUGCGCGGUGUCCUCGAGGCGGUGCAAGCGGAGCCCUCGAAAGUGCGACGGGGAGGGCCUGUCGCUCGCCAUCGCGAACCACACGAGCGGUGAACUCCUGGAUGCCUUCGGAGUCGAGGUGUUCGACCUGUUCAACCGUCCGGCUCUGCAGGAGUCGGGUCUCAAGAUCACCAUGGGCACCGGGCGGAACGUGCUGGUGACGGGGCAGGUCAGCGCGCCGCUGAGGACGGUAACCAACAUCACGGAGCUGCGCUUCCAGGCGAAGCUGAACAGGACGUACGACAUGUUCGUGAACUUCAGAAGGGCUUUCAUCCCGCCGGUGCUGUUGAGGGUCCAAGUUCGAGGCUGUCUGCCCGGCGAGGUGCCGAACAAGAACGAGGACCUGUGCGUGGCCUGCGGGGAGGACAUGUACAGCUUCUCCCCGGAACAGGGAUGCGGUGCCUGUCCGGAGAACGCACGCUGCGGGGCCUCGACGGUCACCCCGGAGGCUGGCUACUGGCAGGCGACCUCCGUAUCCGCUAGAAUGCAUCUAUGCACUUCGAAGCCCGCCUGCGAUUACGAGGACAGGGGCUCCAUUCUGGCGGCUCGAGCGAGGCAGGCGCAUUCUGGCGGCGGGUUUCUGGGAUUCGAAGAUGGCGAGUACCAACAAUGCUCCCAGGGCUAUGGCGGGGUGCUCUGUGGCACGUGCACCAGCUCUUACGGCAAAGUGAGGUCCGGGGAGUGUAUCGACUGCGGCAACAGGAGAAAGAACAUCACGCUGGCGUGCUUGUGCGGAAUUUGGUACGCCAUCAUUGUAUUUGCAGUGGCCAGGAGCACGUUGCCUGCAGAAAGAGGCAACGCAGCGUUGGCGCAGGGCAGACCCAUGCUCACUGCGAACACCAACCCCAUGUUUCACGGCAACAACCUGACUGCCCGCAUGGAAACCUCAACCUCCACUUCAACAGGCUACGAUACAUCCAUCGAGCUGCAAUCGAUGGGAGGCAGCAUGAGGUCUCCGGUGAGGAUCGAUACUGGAAGAGAGAAAUGCGGCGCAAGGACCGAAGGAAGCCCGUGUGUGGACCAGAGGAACUUCGCCGGUGACAUCUUUAAG